AUGUUGGUAUCACAGGCACCACUGCUUGACUUCAGUGUACCUGAAACUAUGGUUACCUAUGAAACUCAUGGUUUUAGUUUCAUGCUGUAUAUUGAACAUGCACCAAGAGUUAUCAAGGCUUUGAAAAGUGGUUGGGACAUUAACAGGUUUUACAGAACUGAUGGAGUCACAGAAAUCGUAAUUCCAGUAAGGGUAACUAUGAUCAAUGGUGCUUCUAAUAAAGCCUUAGCAGCAAAAGUGAGCAGCCUUCAUCCUGCAGCCACCUCCAGCCUGCAGGGUUCCCAGGCAAAUGAGCUAAGGUUGGAAGCUCUUCCUUCCCCUAAGUUAAAGCUCCCAGACUCCUGCAAAGAUGUGCUAGAAGGUGCAGACACACUGCCCUGGGACCAAGACUACGAGACAACAGGGCUAGGGCCCGGAGCUCGGUACAGAGCAUACACGGCCCGGGGCGGCGAGGACCCCGGGGGCGGCGCGGCGGGGCCGGUUACAGAAGACAGAUCAGACCUUGAAGAUUUACAUCUUUAUGCAACUCCUCGGGAGCAGCGCUUUCGUAGGUUUGCCAGUUUAGAAUUUGAAGGACAGCUAUACAUGACUCCAUAUGACUUCAUUCAGGCUGUCACAAGCGAUGAACCCAAACGUGCUAAAAAGUGGCGAUCUCUUUCAAAGCAGGAACUGAAUCAGAUCCUUAUGGAAACACCACCAGUUUGGAAAGGAUCAUCCAAACUUUUCCGUAAUCUUAAUGACAAAGGUGUGAUAUCUUACACCGAAUAUUUAUUCCUCUUAUGUAUUUUAACAAAGCCACAUGCAGGUUUUAGAAUCGCUUUCAACAUGUUUGAUACUGAUGGCAAUGAGAUGGUGGACAAAAAGGAAUUCUUGGUGCUACAAGAGAUUUUCAGGAAAAAAAAUGAGAAGAGAGAAAGAAAAGGAGAUGAAGAAAAGCGUGCAAUGCUGCGUCUUCAACUUUAUGGAUAUCAUACUUCUACUAACAGUGUUCUUAAAACAGAAGGAGACGACCUUGUCCCCAGAAGCUAUUGGGAUACUUUGAGACGUAGCACAAGCCAAGCACUCUUUUCGGACCUUGCAGAGCGUGCUGAUGAUUUUUCAAGUUCACUGUCAGAUACUACACUGCUUGUACACUUUUUUGGCAAGAAAGGAAAAGCUGAACUCAACUUUGAAGAUUUUUAUAGGUUUAUGGAUAACCUACAAACUGAGGUUCUAGAGAUAGAAUUCCUUUCCUACUCUAAUGGGAUGAACACCAUCAGUGAGGAAGACUUUGCCCAUAUUCUUUUGAGGUAUACAAAUGUGGAAAAUACAUCAAGUUACCUGGAAAAUCUGCGUGGCACAAUUCCUGAAGAAAAGGGUAUCACAUUUGAUGAGUUUAGAUCAUUUUUCCAAUUCUUGAACAACCUAGAAGACUUUGCAAUUGCAAUGCAAAUGUAUAAUUUUGCAAGUCGUUCCAUAGGUCAAGAUGAAUUCAAGCGUGCUGUGUAUGUAGCCACAGGUGUGAAGCUUUCAUCACAUUUGGUGAACACAGUGUUCAAGAUUUUUGAUGUUGACAGAGAUGACCAGUUGAGUUACAAAGAAUUUAUCGGCAUUAUGAAAGAUAGACUCAAUCGAGGGUUUAGGGGCUACAAACCUGUACAGAGGUACACUACUUUCAAAUCCUGCGUGAGGAAGGAGCUCUAUAGCAGAUGAAUGACGGAGACUCCAAAGUAUGGUUGGAAGGAGUAUUACUCUUGUGUGAUGACUGUAACCAGUGAACAUCUCAGAGAUCUAUGGAAGCAAUUUCGGAGGCGAGAUACACUGAGAUAAAGGAAGGCAGAAGGAUUAUCUGCACUGGCUGGAACUAUUUAUUCCUGUGAAUUUUUAUGAAGAACAAACCAACCCAGGUGAAUUGUAAAUCUUCCAGCUGCAGUAGACAAUACAGGAGUUCUUUUUCAC